UGCACCGCGGACGCGGACUCCGCGGCCGCCAUCUUGGGGCAGUGACAGCCAGCGAGCAGCAGCAGAAGCGGCCUGGCGCCUGGCCUGCCGAAAUGGGCCGUCCUGUCAAAGUCCUGCUGCUGCUGGCGGUCGUGUACGGGUCGGUGCUCCUGGUGGCGAGCCUCGGCUACCAGCAGGACUGGAAGCGCAUUGCGGCCUACAACAUCGUCAUGAGGGAGGUCUGCCAUGAAUGCGACGUCCUGUGUCCGAGGGCCCCGUACCCGACGUCGGACGAGGAGAGGGCCGACAUAUCACAACAGUGGGCAUGUUACAUCGGAUGCAGAACAACGUGUCUGCUUCAAAUCGGACCAGAAAAAUACAGUUACGAAACCGCUGUGGACUUGUGCUCCAGAGGAUGUCAUGAUGAAUACCGAAAUAGACCAGACCCAAACCGCGACAAUAAUCCGUACUUGAACGUAUGCUUGGAAGCUUGUUCAGCCAAAGUGAGCAGCACUGGUGGAGGUUUGGAUCCUCUAGAUUCAAUUGUAUCAAAGGCACUGUCUGAUCCUGCAUCACCAGAUUUGCCUGAUGAGCAAGAAACAGGUCCAUUUGAUCCAGCUCUUGGUGAACCGUACGCCCAAAAUGGAGUUCUGCCACGUUCAAAUUACAAAACCAUUCCGCACAACAAUGCUCCGUACCAUGUGGCAGGAAAUGGGAAAACCCCUGUCGAGUAUUUUGUGAAAUUUAUUCGAUAUCCGACCACAGAUCCUCUACUUGCUGGUGUUGUUGGCAUUCCUCUAUUCGUCCUUGUCAUUGGGUUUGCUGCAUAUUAUGUAGUUCUUCUGAGGAGACCACCAAACUUCAAAAAUGAUGAUGCUGCUGAAAAUUUGGACGAAGAGGUACCAGUGACUGUGCUUCGUGUUCAUCUUGAGGCAGAACUUAAGAAAGUGCCCUCUUCCUCCGAAUUUUCUGAUGAAGAAUUUGUCCCUCCACCCUCUCCACCUCCCAAGUAUUCUGAUGUUGUUCACAAUGUGUAACUUGCAGCUGAACUUUAUUUCUUCAGGGUGGUACUAAUUUCUGUCAGUGUUUUUUUUUUUUUUUUUUUUUUUGUUGCUUUGUCAGUUUUUUGAGGGACUGGGAACAUGCUCUGCAUGCAUAUAAUAUACCUCAAGACCGAUUUUAAAGUUCCCAUCCUUUUUCUUCCUUUAAAACCGCAAGUCAGUAGUCAUCACAGUUUCUUUGGCAGGAAUGUUACCUGUCACUUAGUGUCUUUUAAGGUCUUUUUUAUCCUACCUAAAAUUUCUCACCAAAGAUUUUACUGUUGCAAAUCUUCACCAUUCAAACAAAAUUUAAAAUGAAAGUUUUUAAAUUUUUUUUCUGGUUUUACUGUAACAUUAAUUGGUAUUGUGAACUUCUUAUUUUCUGGGCAUUAUGUUCCGCCCAUCUACUAAAUUAAGUUGAAACUUAGAUUAUUGACAAGAAGUUUCUUUUUCUUGAUCUUUCUGAGCAAUAUGGCAAUAUGAAUUCAUAUUACAGUCUGUUUUUUAUUCCCCUCUUUUUUAUUGUGAUAUUGUAAUUGUAAUCAGUGUCUUUCUUUUUUUUUAUAGUAGUUGUGGUGUAAUAUUGAGAAUCCAUUGGUGCAAAUCACUUUUGGUGCCAUUAACUAAUUUGUGGCUUUGUUAUGGUUUGUGAUUUAUUUGAUACACAUGUUAAUUUAAUGUUAUGAUCUCAAGUCUCUGGACACUGUUCAAAAGUUGUCUGGUGACCGUAUAUUUUAGUGUUGUGUCUUGUAUCCGGCUCAUCUUCAAAUUUUCAGUUAUCCCCUUAGACUAAAGUUUUUAACUUAAUUGUGCAAACUUCAAUUUUGUUUAGGAAAGCAAAAGGGAACCCUUCCUGUUGUUGAUGAACUCAGUUAGGUCCCUUUUAUGGUGUGUGAGUGCAUUUUAAUGUGCAUCAGUAUCUGUGUGCUUUGUGCAAUUUUAUCUAAGUCUUAGUUUGUGAUAACACCUUUGUGACUGGCAUUAGCCUUACUGCUAUUAUAGUGAAGGGUGUCUGGUUAAAAUUGAUUGCCUACUGUGGUGUGGUUUGAUUCAUUUUUCCCAUUCCAAGAGACUGGUAUUAUGAAAUAUUAGGUCUUGAAGUAUGCAGUAUGUAUCCAUUUACCAGACUCUUUCACUAUAAACUUUUAAGGAAGAUAUUUGGUUCUUGUGGUACCCUUGAGUUCCACACGACUUCCUAGUGCCCACUUAAAGUAAGGUUUAUGCUGGAUUCAAAGGUUCAUUUAGAGUUUAACCUGGAUUUAGUAGUUAGGGCACUGGAAAAGUAGGCGAGAUGUAGUCUACAAGUAUAACUUUUUGUGAUAAAUAUUUUAAUGAGAGACUGUCCUUCAUUUACUUUAUUGAAGCUGUGCAGGUGGAAACAUAAGAGGAUGAGAUAAGAAGGCCUUGUAGCUGUAACAUAUUUUUAUUUUGUAUUGCAACUUGCACAUUCAGUGCCAAUACAAUCACCAGAAUUUUUCAUAUACUAUGAAAAACAGCAUCAUUUGUUUUGUGUGCUUUUACCAUGAUACCCACUUUUGUGUAGAAUACCCUUGAUUAGGCAAGUGUUCAUUCAACAUUGACUCAACUUGUUUCCAUUUUUUUUGUUUGAUCUCAGUAUCUUGCCAUUUAACUCUAUGUGGUGUAUUCAUGACCCAACAAUUAGAGUUAUUCUAAGUUUGCAGUCAUUAGUAAGUAAUCAAUUCUACCGUUCUUAUGCACUAAGAUGUCAUUUUAAGGCAUUAAUAAACCAUAUUAGGAAGACUUUAGCAGGAAAGAGCAAGGAUAUAGGAAAUAAAAAGUAUAUAAAGUA